UGUGGCUGGCUAACUGUGAUGCCCAGCCAAGUCCUGGCUGGCCAGCGCCUCUUCUGUCGUAGGAAGGGUUUAACGUGCGGAGCUCAGUCUGUUUGGAAAGCCAACGCGCCGCAUUGCACUAGUUCGGAGCGGUGAGACCCGGAGCAUGUGCAGAGUGCACUUGAUCGCACGGAACCAUUACCGGCCCUCCCACGCGCGGCCGGAAUGACGAGCUAAGGUGUUUCCAGUUUACGCAGAGUGCGAGCGCCUUCUGGAGGGGCCUGGGGAAAUGUUCUCGAACGCAGCACUUCGGAAAAAGCGCGAUCGUGUUUGUCCGGGAGGGGCGCGGGCAAAAAGACCUAUCUUCGCUGCCACCUCCCUUGUGCAAUUCCUAGUCUGCUCGAGACGGGGGUGUAAAAUAAAGUCUCCUUUGCGCGUUCAGCGGCGAAGCGUGGCAACCCUGUAAAGGAGUGAGGAUCCAUCAGCGAGAGAGACAGAAAGAUGGAUGAUGUGUCCUCUCUUGUUGGUCGAGAUCGGGGUGCGGAGUAACCGGGCAGGCUCUUCCCUUCCCAUCCGCUGUCGCCUUUCCCUCCCUCUACCGCCGCAUACGGUUUCAUUUCUUGCCUGAAACCUGAAACCUAUCCAGGAUAAGUGGAGGUGUGAAGGAGGUGCGUCGAGAGGCAAAGACUCCCCCCCCCCGGAAAGAGUGAAAUAAAACUUUGUUUUGGAUUCUCCUCUCGCCGCCUGCAGCGCACGAAGUGGGUCUCCUGCUGUUAUACUCCUUUAUCCGCAGACAGCCCCAGUCAAGCGUGGUUAAUAUGGCUGAUCGCAGGAGAUAAAGUGCGUGCUCGUUCAUUUUAUCGGCGGACGAAGAACUGUGCUUUAACAGGAGAUCGUUUUAGAAAUGUAGUACAUGAGACGGAGACCCUGGAUGUGGAGGAAAGCUUGGGAUAUGCAGAAAUGCUUGUGCCUAUUUUCAAAUGGGAAUUUGGAUUUACUGCAGGAUAUGUACACUGAUAAAUCUGUUUAACUACAGUCAAAACCUGGAAAAGGGGCUAAGGAUGAGGUCCUGUGCCAAAUCAAUGCUUCCGUCUCAGUGGCUGUUCCUGGCAUAUGUGUUAAUGGUGUGCUGUAAAUUGUUGUCCGCGACUAGCCACCAUCCCCGGGGGCACCCAGGCCACCACCAAGUUAAGCAAGGGACCUGCGAAGUGGUGGCAGUGCAUCGGUGCUGCAACAAGAACAGGAUUGAAGAGCGGUCGCAGACGGUCAAGUGCUCCUGCUUCCCGGGUCAGGUGGCUGGCACAACAAGAGCGCAGCCCUCCUGCGUCGAAGCUGCCAUUGUCAUCCAGAAGUGGUGGUGUCAUAUGAACCCUUGCCUGGACGGAGAAGACUGUAAAGUGCUUCCAGAUUACUCAGGUUGGUCAUGCAGCAGUGGAAACAAAGUCAAAACUACCAAGGUAACACGGUAGCAAAAUGUAAACAUGUGCCAAAGUUGGACCGAUGGGAUUUACAGCUGCAUUGCCCAGAGACAUUCAUUUUGUGAAAAAAAGUAUCAAGUCUGGACUGCCAACUUUUCAAAACAGCUGGCACAAACUUGAGCAGUGCUCCUUUUUAACAAGGAGACCACACUUCUCAAUCUGUGACUUUCUUACAAAGAAUGGAAUACAUUUUAAAGACAGAAACUCGUGAGUCUAACCCUUUCAUGCUCAAGAUGAACAUCUGUAACCAGAACUCCUUCCAAAGUGCAACAGAGAUCUCCAGGACUUUUCUUCAUGACUUUGUAAAUCCUGAAACCUUGAUUCAAAUUACUUGGCAGGAAUGGUGAGGUUAAAAACCAAGGGUAAUUCAGAUGAAGGAGCCUCGCCAUGAAAAUGAUAGGGAAGACAAUCGAAUUGCUCUUAGAACACCCGCUUCAAUAUAUUUUUACCUGCGAUUUACUAAGUAUCAAACAAAGUAGGGAAGUCAGUCAUGAUGUUUAAUAAAUAAGUACCCCUUGCCAAUCUUCAUAUUCUGUUAUAGUGUGUGCAAUUAUGUUUUCCCUCCAUUUUUUCAGUGUUAAGGACAGUAAUGAAAACACUCAUUCGAAAAGUAGAUAGAUUUUAGCACACCAGAGAAUUCUGUCCAGCAGAAUAGAAACCGUUGCUGCAUCGCUGCCAGAAACUGAAAGAAAAUGGAGCCAUUAAAUUGGUAUUUUCACCCAAGUCAAUGAACAUUUGGGUCACGGCUUCACAUUCUCCUACGUACAAAUGUGAGAUGCGUCUUAAGCAAGUCUGGUACCAUUUUGCUAUAAGACAGCUCCACCAAUGGAUGGUAGGGCUAGCUAGCUCACUAGGUCAUCUCUGCAGUGAACCCUGUUGGCAUUGUGCAAUGGCGCAGGACUGAGGGACGAAGCUCCCUGCCAGCCUGGAGUACAAAGGUCAAAGACACUGGAACUGCACACCCCACAGGCACAAUUAGAUUCUUUCCCACAUCAAAAUGUAUAGGGCAAAGGAGAAAAUGAAGCACGCUAUACUACUGCUGUAUGAGUUUCCUUCCAAUCUCUUAACUGUCACUUGCCAUGUACUUGUAUAGAUGGCUCUGGAGCAUCAAGAAAGUCUUUAGGGUGAGGCCUUAGCAUCUUAAGUUCUGUGCUGCUCUAGAAUACUGUGCAUUGGUGCUUUGCUGCAUCUGGGUAGGGCGGUUCUUCCUAGUAGCAUUGACCUGGCUGCUGCGACACUGUGGUAUCUCUGUGCUGGUCCCGAGGGCUAACUGUGCGGUGAGGUCCGAGUCCAGUCCAAGGUUGAGGGUGCGGUAUGGAGGCUGUCCGUCA